CUUCGUCAAACCUGUCGUUUUCACCGUCAUUAUUUAGUUGUGGAGGAGGAGGAUUGCCGGCGGCAGUGGUGGUGAGAACUCGGUGGUAUCCAUCCAAGUGUCCGUGAAAGAGGUGCACGAGGAAGCAGUGACCGAACAGGGUCGUCCUCGAGGCAGAGCCACGUGAUUAUGGUGCACCAUCAUCAUUGUCGUCGCGGCCUUCAGGCGAGCCAUCACUGCGCAGUUAGGAGGCGAGGCGCGACACCCUCGUUGCUUCAAGUGUUCCUAUUAAUACUUGGCCUCUGGCUACCGAUAUUGGACAACGGUGCCUUCGUUUUGGCUUGUGGACCAGGCAGAGGUGGAGGACGACGUCCAGGUCUGAGAAAACUUACGCCUCUGGUGUUUAAGCAACAUGUGCCCAACGUUAGCGAAAACACGCUGCCGGCUAGCGGGCUCAGCGAGGGUCGUGUUUCCAGGCACGAUUCCAGGUUCAGAGAUCUCGUGCCUAAUUACAACGCCGACAUCAUCUUUAAGGACGAGGAGGGUACCGGAGCGGAUCGACUGAUGACACAGAGGUGCAAGGAAAAGCUGAACACUCUUGCUAUUUCGGUAAUGAAUCAGUGGCCGGGAGUGAAAUUGAGAGUGACAGAAGGAUGGGACGAAGAGGGAAAACAUGCGACGGAUUCGCUGCAUUACGAAGGACGUGCCGUCGACGUGACGACGAGCGAUCGGGAUCGCUCGAAAUACGGAAUGUUAGCAAGACUUGCCGUCGAAGCUGGUUUCGAUUGGGUUUACUACGAGUCCAGGUCGCAUAUUCAUUGUUCCGUCAAAUCGGAAUCCUCAUCUGCAGCGAAAUCCGGAGGUUGCUUCUCAGGCAAGAGCUUAGUGCGAACUUCAGACGGUUCAAUGAAGAGACUAGAUCAAAUUCGACUUGGCGACCAUAUCGCGGCGCUCGAUUCUAAUGGUGACAUUGUAUAUAGCGAAGUAAUAGCCUUUCUCGACAGAUCUUUAACUGAAAGGCGACAAUUCGUUAGACUAACCACUGAAUCUGGCCAUAUACUCACUCUUACACCGGCUCAUUUGGUUCCUGUUGAGGGUAGAUCAACUGUAUUUGCCGGCAGAAUUCAAUUAGGCGACAAGAUCUUAGUGAGAGAUCCAUCCAACGAGAUCGAAGUGCAACAUCGUCUUAGAUGGGACAAAGUGAUCGACAAUCAGUUAGUCCUCGAAGAGGGCAUUUUCGCUCCUCUGACGACUGAAGGAACAGUGUUGAUAGAUGACGUGGUCGCUUCCUGUUACGCGUUUGUGGACAACCAAGAAAUAGCUCAUCUCGCGUUUCUGCCAUACAGAUUAUGGAGCAAUAUGAGAUCCUUCUUCGAAAGGAGGAUUUUCGGCGGUGAAGAUUUAAGGUACCAAGACGCAAGGCAAAAUUCGAAAACGAAGCAAGAAGGCAUCCUCUGGUAUGCGUCCUUUCUUUAUUGGGUCUCUUCUUACGUGACACCCACAAAAAUGCUAUAUCAGUGA